AUGCCACCAAACAAACCACCUCAUAAACGACGCAAACUGUCUACACUGAGUCAAGGUGGAUUUGAUAUUCUUGAAAAUAGACAAAAUAUACAACCACGACACCCUAACUUCAACUUAGACGGUCACCAGUUCCAUUCACAAUCACAAUCACAAUCACAAUCACAAGCACAAUCACAAGCAUCAUCAGCAUACCACAAUCUAGAUGCGUCGUCUGCAAUAUAUGCACAAGCCAAUUUUCCCAUAUCGUCAAAUAAAUUUGAAGAACAAGACGUAUAUAAUUACGCAUCUUAUGCACCACUAGCCCUUCAUCCUAAUGCCAAUUUUCGUCAGGACAUGCAAACCCCACAGUCCGGUCAGUACCCGUACAAUAAUGAAUUUCAAGGACCAAGCACGGGUCAGGCCAACAGACGCAUAGCUUCAACAGGAUACGAUAGAUAUUCAGAAUAUCCUUUGGUUUCACCAACUGCUCCACUAAUACCUCCAUCGUCUACAGGCUUUAAUUUCCAACACGGGGGUCUGUACCAAAGGUCACCAACCCAACCAUCGCACCACUUCCACCAGCACCAGCAACUACAACUACAAGAGCAAUCACAGCAACAGCAUCAGUCAGUGCGACCUACAUCAAAUGUUCCACAACAAAAUUACUACUCAGAAUCACAAUUUGGGCGUCCAUACCAGUCGAGUUCCUCUUACGGAAAUGCAUCCUACAUCAACCUACAAGGAGCAGGCUCCUCUGGUUUCCAAACACCACUGUCGCAGUUCCCUUCAGUCUCUAAUUAUCCAGGUAUUGAUACCAAUCUUCCGCAUUCACAACAGCUGCAGGCAUUUUACAAUGUCAACGCAUCCACUGGUGCUAAUAAACUGUUUUCUCAACCACAACCUACCUUCUCAACAGGCUCACUCCAAACUUCAGUACAAGCCUCUUCCAUUGCAUCUGGUCCACCAUCGAUUCCCCCAUCUGUAGUAACUACAGCACCCACUCCGGCACCAGUUGCAGCAGCAGCCGCACCGACAACUGCACCGACAACUGCACCAAGACACUUAAAAAAUAACCUAUCCAUUUCCUCACAUUUAACUUCAAUAUCCUUGGGUGGUGCUGCUGGCAACAUGCAACAGAAUAUUGUUCCCCCCAAUGAACACCAGAUACAAAGAUUCCACCGUGACACUAACCCACUCCUUGAUGAACUUCUACUUGAACUAUUUUCUGUUGAUGGGAGUAACAUGGGCGACUAUUUGCAUUCGUUGAUUUGUAAAUUAAACACCCUGUUUCCCUUGGAUGAUUUUUACAACUUGCUUUACAACAACGAUCGUCAAAUGCCGAUGAGUACUGCAAAUUUCAAUUACAAUCAGAAAAUCGACAAAACCCCCAAAAACCCACAGAAUUUUUCCAUUCAGCGACUAUCAAUUUUCAAGACUUACUUCAUCAUUUGCCAGAAAUUGAUAAUACGAUAUCCUAGCUCAUCAAACACUGCAAAUGAGCAACAAAAGUUGAUUCUUGGACAAUCAAAAUUGGGUAAAUUGAUCAAGUUGGUGUAUCCCAAUACUCCUAUCAAAAGGUUGGGGAGCAGGGGCGAGUCAAGGUAUCACUAUCUCGGAGUAGUUUGGAAUGAGCAUAUCAUAGAUGCCAAUAUCAGGCAGUUGUGUGAGCAAUAUGAUUUGGACAAAUUGAACAAAAUGUUCACUGAGGAAGGUGGUGGCGCCAAUGCUGAAUAUAAUGAGUUACUAUUCCCUGGGGGCGUUCCCACUGAUGUACACACGCCAAUUGGUGCCAUUCCUACUGGCGGGACAACAAAUAAGAGAGGAAGAAAACGCAGCCGCUCAAGCGACAAGGAUAAAUUGAGUACACAUAGAGUACAAGACGUGGAAACUAGAUUGACACCUCGCCUAUCGUUUAUAAAAAUGGAGCUGAAGUACCCAGUAGAGUCCGAUUUUACCGUCAUUCAACAAGUUGAGAGACAAGAGAAUUGGUUUUCGAAGUUGUUGGCUGAUACUUAUGUAAAAGUACCCUCAAUUAAUCCAGAGAUGAUCAAAACAAUGUUGCUAACAAAUGCAAGUUUAGUUACUGAAUCAAGCUUAUUGGAAAACUUGUUGCAGUUGGUUUUUGUUCCAAUUAUGACACAACUGGGAAGCAGCAACUCCACAAAAACAACAACUACCAGUAAUUUUGAUUUGCUCAUAUACAUAAUCAUCAUACUCGAAGCAUUGCCUAUUUUACUCCUUACCAAACCGUUGGCCGAUAUCAAUUUGGUAACCAAUUUGCGUCGAAACUUUUUGUACUUGAUCAAUCACCUACCACAAGAGUUGGCAAAGUUGAAUAACGAAAAUGCAACAUCAAAGCAAUACAAAUUCCCAUCGGAUACCGUCAGUACGUUUCUAAACUUGGUGAAAAAGAUGAUUAAUUUGAAUGAUUUAUUGAUUACUUUAGUCAAAUUAUUGAACAAGCCGGAACAAAGUGAAAUGAUGGGUAUGGAUAUUUGGUCUUUGGUGGGUGGGAAGCCCGUGGGGAGCGGAUUGGUCGAAGUGGAAGAUCCUCAGCCAAGCAAUUUGAUGAGCACUAGCUCUGCCCCGCCUGCCAAGACAGAAGAUACUGCCACCAGCCCCAGCACUACAAAUACCGCCUCAAAUGUGUGCGCUACAAACCUCAGCUUCAAGAAUGAAAUAAUAUCGAGUGACUUGAUCCACACCUUAGCUGCAUUUCGGUUUAACCCAGCCACUAGCCUAAACGUUAAACUGGCCCUGGCCAUUUCACUGAGUUUUAUAAGUGAAGAUGUUUCCCUACUUGACGAAUUUUUCAGGGUUGAUUUAUUGCAAUUUUUGAAUGGCGGAUCAGAUGCCCAUUGUACCUCGUCAUUACAAUACUCUUCUUUGAAGGACAAGUAUCAAAUUGACACAAGUAUAGGAGAGCAAGCAUCAUUGCAGAAAAUACUACAAAUACCCCAACAACAUCGUGAUACAGCACCCACCAGCACACCAAUCGGACAAAAUUUUAAUACAAGUGAACAAUCGCGUUGUUUAAAAUCUAUUUUAACAACGAACGAAAUGAAAAGAGUGACGUCGUUAUUAGCAUUAAUCGAUACGAAGUUGUUAUCGCCACAUUUCAAAUCCAAAUACCCCAUUCAAGUUUUCAACAACUACAUCACUUUCAUGUUGAAUGAUGUAUUGAAGCAUAUAUUCAUAAAGCAACGGCAACAGAAACAAACACAAGAAGAGUUUUUAGAGGAGGGGAGCAGCACUUUGCCGCAAGCUAGCAGACAUGGAGCCAACUUCAACGCAAAUACCGAUUCAAGUCAGAGUAGUUUUGGCAGUUGGUGGGUUUUCAACUCAAUUGUUCUGGAAUAUUUGAGUUUAAUGGGAGAAAUCCUGGGAUUGCGAGACUUAUUAGAAUAG